AUGGGAAUCGGCAAUAGAUUAGUUUGAAAGAAUUGCGGAUGAAAAGAUUCACAACAUACUUAAAGUAAGUUUCGAUAGUUUGGAGGAAGAUCAGCAGAAAAUAUUUCUUGAUAUUGCUUGUUGCUUCAAAGGAUGUAAUGUGUCAGACAUUAAAAAAACACUUCAGGUCCAUCACGGUUUCUGCCCAGAAUAUGGGAUUGGAGUGCUGAUGGAAAAAUCUCUCAUAAAGAUAAAUUUGAAUGGUUGUGUAAUAUUGCACGAUUUGAUAGAGGACAUGGGUAAAGAAAUUGUCCGACAAGAAUCGCCUGAGGAGCCUGGGAAACGUAGUAGGUUAUGGUUUCCUGAUGAUAUAAUUCAUGUUUUCGAAGAAAAUACUGGAACUAGUAGUAUUCAAGUCAUAAUUCUGGAUUUCCCCAAUUUUGAAGAAGUGGUAGAAUGGGAUGGAAAGGCAUUCAAGGAGAUGAAAAACCUCAAAACUCUUAUCAUUAGAGUUGGUAGUUUUUCCAAAGGUCCCGAGCAUCUUCCAAAUAGUUUAAGAGUAUUGGAAUGGCGGGGAUAUCCUUCACCAUCUUUACCUUCCAACUUUCAUCCAAAGAAACUUGCUAUACUGAAGUUACCGCAAAGUCACUUAAUGUCCCUCAACUUGCUUAUACCAAAGAAGAAGUUUGUGAACAUGAGAGUUUUGAAUUUUGAUGAUUGUGAGCGUAUAACAAAGAUACCUGAUGUGUCUGGUGCUCCAAAUUUAGAAGAAUUAUCAUUUGGUGAUUGCGCUAAUUUAAUUAAAAUUCAUGAAUCAGUUGGAUUCUUGAAUAAGCUUAAAAUUUUGAAUGCUGAUGGCUGUAGCCAGCUCAGGACUUUUCCACCCAUCAAGUUGAGCUCCCUUGAAAAACUCAAGCUUUCAUCUUGUUACUGUCUGAAGAGUUUUCCAGAAAUAUUAGGAAAGAUGGAAAAGAUUACGGUGCUUGAUUUACAAGACACUCCGGUAAAAGAACUUCCAUUUUCCAUUCACAAUUGAAAGAGUAGUACUAAUUGGCUGUGGAGUUGUUCGGUUACCAAGUAGUAUUUUGGUGAUGCAGGAACUUCACGAGUUGAUUGCUGGGGAAUGUACAUUGUUAUUACCAAAACCGAACGAUUUUGAACCUCGAGCUAGCUCAAUGGUCUUCAAUCUAGGUCUUUCUGGCUGCCACGUUUCGGACGAUUUCCUUCGAAUUGGUAUCCCUUUGUUUUCUAAUGUGAAAGAGUUGUACCUGUCGCAGAAUAAUUUUACAAUUCUUCCAGCAUGCAUCAAAGAAUGUUACUUUCUAACUAAAAUUCAUUUGGAUGAUUGCAAGAAUCUCAAAGAAAUUUGCGGGGUUCCACUAAACUUGGAAACAUUAUCUGCAAAAUGGUGCACAUCCUUGAUAAUUUUAGACCUCGAACUUCUUCCUGAAUGUGCCAAAGUGUGCCGCUUUUUGAGGACACUUAUAUUGGAUGACUGUAAAAAUCUUCAAACUAUUAGAGGGGUUCCACCCAACAUAAGGACUUUGUCUGCAAAAGACUGCCCUUCCUUGACUUCCGGGUGUAGAAUCAUGUUACAGAGUGAGGUCUGUAUUUUCUUAUUAUUCAUAUAUUUGAUUUGAUAAAACUCUACAUAUACAUGUUUCUAAAUAUAUGAAACAAUUACUAUUAUCAGAAACUGCAUGCAGAGGGCGGGGACAAGAAGUUUCACUUACCAGGAAGAUGUAUUCCAGUGUGGUUCGAGCACUACGUCCAUGAUCAUAAUGCAUCUAUUACUUUCUGGUUUCGUAAAAAGAUCCCUGCAAUAUCUCUAUGUCUUGUUGUUCGACCCGGUUCAUAUGAAGAAAUUAUUCAGCCCAGAUUUAUCAUCAAUGGAAAAAGAAAAACAGAUGGAUUCGAGCUAAGUUUCGACGAUGGUGACCAUGGGCACAGUGGACUAGCAGAUCAUAUAAUAAUUUUUGAUAUAAAACAGAUAACAUUCAAAUUAACAGAUGCUGUUCUUGAAAACGAAUGGAAUUGCGUGGUGUGUAUGUCUAAGUAAAUGUGAAUGAUGAAUGAAUGCCAAGAAACUCCAUUGAUGGAGAAGAAUGAAGCUCUGUGAAUGCAGAGAAGAAACAAAGAAGAACGAAAGAGAAAAUCAAUAUUGCAUUCAUUAGUUUGUUACAAAGUCGUUACAUGGUUUAUAUACAAGUGUAACUAACUAACUGUGCAUAACAAACUUUCAGUUAGGGCAUAACCAAUCUCAGCCAAUCAAUCCUCCACGUCAGUCAUCUCAUGCACGUGCUUUGUCACCCCCCCACAAGCUUGAGGUUGAUAGAUGUUCAUCAAACCAAGCUUGGACAGACAAGAAUGAAAUGGACGUGGUCCAAGAGCCUUAGUAAAGACAUCUGCAGCUUGAUCUUGAGAGGAAACCGGCAACAAGCGCAUCACUCCAGCUUGCAACUUCUCACGGACCAAAUGACAGUCGAUGUCCAGAUGUUUAGUACGCUCAUGAAA